AUGGAAGCCUCUGUCAAGAGUCCAAGGCCGCAGGCCGUGGACAUGGACAUCCCGCCCGUGGACCAAGGUAGCCAUGCAAGCCAUAGGCCGGGUACGGUGAAGGAUAAUCGUGACAUGCAGCGAAUGGGAAAGGUUCAGGAGUUCAAGAGAAACAUGCGACCUAUAGCGGCACUUAGUUUUGCUUCUGUCUUGCAAGCAACAUGGGAGUAUAUUUUGAUUUCAAACUACGAGGGACUCGAGAAUGGAGGACUGCCUGGCAUGUUCUGGGGUUACAUUUGGACCUUCAUUGGAUUCGGCUUCAUCAUCGCCUCGAUCUCCGAAAUGUCAUCGAUGGCGCCAACCUCUGGCGGGCAAUAUCAUUGGGUGUCUGAGUUUUCCUCGCCUCGAUACCAAAAGUUCCUUAGCUACAUUACUGGCUGGAUGUCAGUUUUGGCCUGGCAAGCCGGGACAGCUUCUGGCUCCUAUCUAACAGGAACCAUCAUCCAAGGACUGAUCAGUGUUCGAAACCCAGACUAUGAACCCCAAAAUUGGCAAGGUACUCUACUGGUCUUUGCGAUGGUUCUGGUGAUCUACAUCUUCAAUGUCUACGCGUCUGACUCGAUGGAGAUCCUCAGUAACCUAUUGAUGAUGCUUCACAUUACAUCCUGGGCGGUCAUUUUAAUCGUUCUUUGGGCUCUGGCCCCUCACCAAUCUGCAGAGGCUGUGUUUGUUACACAAUGGAAGAACUUCGGGGGCUGGUCUACCAUGGGAUUGAGCGUAAUGAUUGGCCAAAUCUCUGCCAUAUAUGGCUGUUUGAGCUCCGACGCGGCUGCACACAUGUCCGAAGAAGUCAAGGAUGCCGGCCGAAGCGUAGCUGUCGCCAUCUUCUGGGGCUAUCUUUUGAAUGGCAUCAUGGCAGCUAUCCUGCUAAUUACUUAUCUCUUUGCUACUCCAUCCGUGGAAGACUCGCUAAACGACAUCACUGGGUUCCCCUUCCUCUAUGUCUUCAAACAGGCCACUUCAACAGCCGGCGUGAAUGGGCUCACGGCGAUCGUCCUACUGCCAGUCAUAUUCAGCAAUGUUUUAUUUAAUGCCGCAACAUCUCGUCAGACAUUCGCCUUUGCCCGUGAUAACGGUCUCCCAUUCUCUCGAUGGAUAGGGAAGAUCGACAAAAAACGGCAGAUUCCGGUAAAUGCCAUUGCUCUUUCCUGUAUAAUCAGCUGUGCGCUUUCACUCAUCAAUAUCGGGUCCGAGACUGCGUUCAAUGCUAUAAUCUCGCUCAAUGUGGCUGCACUGAUGUACACUUACAUUAUCUCCAUCGGGUGUGUUAUUUACCGAAAGAUCUGGCAUCCUGAAACCCUUCCGCCCCGUCGUUGGGAUAUGGGACGAUGGGGUUUGGCUGUCAACAUCAUCGGCCUUUUAUACUGCUGUUUCGCACUGUUUUGGUCACUGUGGCCCAGCGAUCUUCCAGUGACUCUGGAAAACUUCAACUGGAGUGUAGUCAUCUUUGGAGGAGUUUUCAUCAUCAGCCUUGUAAUGUAUUUGAUCAAGGGACGGAAAGAGUAUUCUGGUCCGGCUGCGAUUGUACAAAGAUGA